AUGCCUUUCGAUUUCCCAUGGCUCAACAAAGCCGCCUCCACCUCGACCCCAAACCCUAGCCUGAGCAAGCCCAACAAUCCAAACCCCUUCCUCCCCAUCCAGACCCACCUCACCUCCUUCGUCUCCUCCCUCCCCCUCCCACGGGCCAUUGCGCCGCCAUGGGCUCGCAUCCCCUCCCCAUCUUCGUCGGCGGCGCUGCCAGUCGCAGAGAUCGAGGGCCGGCUCGCCGGGGUGCCCGUGUACGCUCUCGCUAACUCCGCCCAGGAAUUCAUGCUUGUGUCGAAAACCCACGGGGGCGGGGAUGUGGGCGGAAGCGCGAGGCGUCCACCAGCGCUCGGGAUGCUCUGCUUCCGGAGGGAGGACGCCGAUAUGCUCCUCGCACAAAUGGACGACGAUAUGCGCGCUGGCUCCACCGUGGUACCUGUUGCGCUCAACAAGGUUAUCCAACUGAAGUCUGAUGGUGUGGCAUUUAGAUUUCUUCCUGAUCCUUCUCAGGUGGCUAAUGCAAUUAAGUUGAUGCAAGAUGGAGGGGAAUUUAUGAAUGAGGGGUUUCCAGGAGUUCCUGUUUUCCAGUCAAGGAGCCUUGUUCUAAGGAAUGAUAACAAGAGAUAUCGGCCAGUUUUCUUUAGAAAGGAGGACUUAGACAAGUCACUGCACCGAGCAUCUAGUGACCAGCAAAAGCCUAUCCCUGCUGUUAGGAUUGGUGACACACAGGUUUCUUCUUUGGAGGAUAUCAUCACAUCAAUGAAGGAUAGCUCCUCCUCGAAAUGGGAUGAUGCCGUUUUUAUUCCUCCAGGUUUCGACAUCGCUAUUGGCUCAGAGCCAUCACACCUCAACAAGUAG